UGACUGGGACAGAAGCACAGAAGAGACAGUCGACCAGCUCAACACAGCACUGCAAAGAACAACAGAAGAUGCUUUGUCCGAGCAAAUUUCAGCCUCAUCUCAGCCCAUUCAUGAUGGACUUCCACUGGCCAGUGCGCAGUCUGUGGCCAGAGACGAGACCUCUGUUCUUUCAGAUUGAACAAGAAAUGAUGAGACACAUGCAAGAAAUGAGGCAAAAUCUGGAAUUCAUGGAACGUUUGCAUCAAAGGAUUUUUGACCAGAUCGACCAUGUUCCACCCAUGACGUCUUUCAAACCAAUCUCAUUCAAGCUUGGAAAGGAAGGAGACCGCUACGCACUGACAUUAGAUACUACAGAUUUCUCUCCAGAGGACCUGUCGGUCAAACAAGUGGGCAGGAAGUUACGAGUCAGCGGCAAAACAGAGAAAAAGCAGGAUGAUGGGAAAGGAUCGUACUCAUAUAGAUGCCAAGAAUUCAGACAGGAGUUUGACCUUCCUGGAGGUGUCAGUGCUGAUGCAGUCACCUGUUCUUUACAAAAUGGCCAGCUGCAGAUCCAAGCACCAAAGGAAACUUCAGUCGUGAGUGAUGAGAGAGUGAUUCCCAUUACACGCGCUCCUGCUGUGAAGAGUACUUCUCAGACUCCUGUUCUUCAAAGUCCCGCUUGUCAGAGUCCUGUUCCUCCUCAGAGUCCUGCUCCUCCUCAGAGUCCUGUUCCUCAGCCUGAGAGCCACACUGAAUAGACUCUUGAGUCUACAAUAAAACUAAUGUUAUUCUCUAUGAAUACUGUCAGACACUGCGGAACAAAUAACUCCAUGGAAAUCUCUUUCGGACUUUAUUAACUUUUUUUAAUCAUUGGCAUUUUGUAGCAUUUUACUACUAUUAUGGUGAUUGUAUUAACAUAGAAAUGCAUUAACAUUCACAAGAAUAAUAGUGAAAUACUUCAGCUCAGUUCCUUUGUAAGUACUUCAAUAUUUAAUUUUGUCAAAGUGCAAUGAAAUGUUCUUGUCUAAAUGUUAUUUUGUGUACACCCAAUAAAAUUAAAGUCAUGUUUGAAUGCUGA